GGGAUCAUGUCCAUUUGUUUUAUUGGGUUUUUGGUUUGGAAACAGGGAACAACAAGGGUGAUGGCAGGUUCUCCUCAAUCUACGCUUUGUGGUUGCAAAAAUGGAAGCCCUAACUGUCGUUCGCCGCCGACCACGGCGGCGGAAGCUAACCGGAAUCAAACCUCGUGGGAUCUUCUUUACGCCGCCGCCGGAGAAGUUGCUCGGAUGAGAAUGGUUGAAGAAGCAGCUGCUUCUCGGUAUUAUAAUGGCAACACUGCCUCACAACGGUUGCGUAAAAUCGAAACCCAUGACCUCCAUUAUCAACAACUUCAAGUCGCUCAAUUUCAGAAGUUAUUGAAGCAGCAACAAAUCGCCAAACUGCAAAUGAUGAUGCUACAAAGCAAAACACGGAACGCUACAAACUGUAAGCCGGCGGCUCCGUCUGUAUCGGCUUGGCUAGCUUCACAACAAGCUCAGCCGCAGCCGCAACGCCUACCCAGGUCGGGUAUGUGGGUAGCGAACCCUAGUAGCAAACGAGAGUCUACCGGUACGGGUGUUUUUUUGCCCCGUCAAACCGGAGCCCCGACUGAGCCGUCUAAAAAACGAGAGAUUAUGUAUCGACAAAGUGUGAUGAUGGCUCAGAACAAUCAUCGGCAACAACCUACUCAAGUAUCCGAGUUCAGGCUACCUCAAGAAUGGACGUAUUGAAAAAGAGUGAAAUUACUAACUAGGAAUGUUAGCGUAUAAUAUAGUAUAGGAGAUUUUGUGAAUGGGUUUCGUUUUGUUUGUUGUUGUUUUUUUUUUUUUUCUAAAUCCGUUGAUUGGUUUUGUUAAAAGUUUGACGGAUUCUACUCAUCUAUGGAUGGGAUCGUUUAAAUAAAGAUUAACUAAAAGAUUAUAUGUUUGUAUAUAUGUUUUUUUUAUUAAUUUUAAGUAUUGUAUUGGAGUUA